AGCCUCAAUGUGUUUGAAUCUCUCGACCGAGCAACACGUCGAAAGUAAAAGUCAUCGUCUUUGUUUGAACGGAUCUUUCUCGACCGAGCAUCACGUGUCAAUUUCAAUAUUUGGUGUACUAACUCGAACAAGAUGACAACAACCAUUCGAUUCAAAAGUUCCAACGGACAAAUCGUUGACGUGCCGAUAGGAAUCGCUAAGCGUUCACUAUUAGUACAAACAGAGAUCCAAAAUGUAAGAGAGGACGAAACCUUCGAUGCCACUAUUCCUCUACCCAAUGUUAGACCUGAAACUUUAGAAAAGGUUAUUGAAUUCGCUACUCAUCAUAAAGAUGAUCCAAUUAUAACAAAUGACGACGAUGCCGUGGAAAUGACGGAUUGGGAUAAAGAAUUUUUGAAGGUUCCAGCGAAAGAACUGACGGACCUUAUCAGAGCAGCCGAGGAUUUAGAGAUGAGAGAUUUGUUAUUAUACGCAUGUCGGGUAUUAUCAGAGAAUCUUAGCGGAAAAUCUGUAUCAGAACUUAAGGAAUAUUUUAAGUGUUAAAGCAUAAAAGUUCUGCUUUUUUUAAAUUACUUUACAAUUACGUUAAAAAGAAUAAUUUACGAUGUUCGGAUAAAUAAAUUACUGUAUUACUAGUAAACGAUUAAACAAUAAAGUUUUUUUCAAUAAUUUUUA